AUGGCAUCAUCAACACUCAUAUUCUCCCUCAUUGCCCUUAUUUUAAUCAUCACCACCACCAUCCCUCUCUCCUUGUCUUCUCCUGAACAAGGCUUCGCUGCACGUCUCAUCCACCGCGACUCCCCCGAAUCCCCGCUCUACAACCCCGCGGCCACACGUGCUCAUCUUGCGCAAUCAGCUAGCCGCAGAACCAUAGCCCGACAAAACUACUUCAACCGCGUUAUGUCGUCCGGUAACAAAUGGGGCAGCAGCCUCAUCAGUGCAACCCUUGGCCAGGGCCACGGAGACUUCAUCAUGCAGUACAAAAUUGGCACCCCGAGAGUGGACACCUUCGGCAUCUUCGACACGGGCAGCUCCUUGAUCUGGAUGCAGUGCGAGCCCUGCCAGAAAUGUUACAUGCAAACCAUACCAAUAUACGAUCCUGCAAAGUCUGAAAGCUACCAAAAGGUCAAGUGCGGCUCUGUCGAAUGCAGCACAACCGCAUACACCUCAUGCACUGAAGAUGGUGAAUGCAAGUACAGGAUAGAGUAUCAAGACGGAUCAUUAACAGACGGCGAUAUCGCCACAGACACCCUAAUGCUUGAAGACGACGGGUUAAGCGGCAACGUCAACUUAUCGAACAUGGUAAUUGGAUGCGGCCACUACAAUCUAGACCCCGUGGAAGACUAUAGCCCAGGAGUUGUAGGUCUCAGCAGAGAACCUUCUUCCCUGGUCGGGCAGAUUGGGUUUCGCCACGUGUCGUAUUGCAUCCCAUCGGAGGACAAAGGCAACGGGAGCUCUGUGAAAAUCGGCCUCCCGGCGGUGAUCACUGAGGAGAACACUCAAACACCUAUGCUGAGCGGCAAAGGUGGCUUGUACUAUCUGAGUCUAGAAGGCAUCAGCGUCGAUGGCGCCAGGCUCAACAUUCCGAGGUCGGUUUUUGACAUGACGCCGGAGGGAGACGGCGGCGUGAUCAUGGAUUCCGGCACGUCUUUUACUUUGAUUGCACCGGAGGGUUUUGGUGCAGUGAAGCAAGCGGUGCUGGAUGCUUUGUCGGAAUUCAAGCCGGUAGAAGAUUCGGAUAAGCUCUAUCCGUUUUGCUACGAUGAUGGUAGGUUUAAACUAGAGACGACGCCGGAAAUCAUGUUCCAUUUCACGAGGCUGGAUUUUCCUCUGGCCGCGGGAAACACUUGGAUCAGGAAUUCUCAGGGACACUUCUGCAUGGCCAUAAGGGAGAGUGUUGGAAAUUUUAAUAUCUUUGGGUUGUACCAGCACAGGAACGCUAAUGUUGGGUUUGACUUCAACAACAACAUUGUGUCCUUGAAGUAUACUGACUGCCAAUAA